AUGGCUUCGGGAACCCGAUCGAGGACCAUGCGAUUCUACAAGGCCCAUGAUGAAUCCGGGAGCGCGACGUUGGGGGAGUCGGCGGUCUGCGCCAAGACAGACCGGGCUGAGAGCAGACACCCAAUCAUCAACAAGCUCGCCGAACUGCAGGACGAGAUGGCUCGAAGGGACAGGGAUAAAAUCGUCUGGCGAUUGAUUCAGUACCGACUGGUUAGGUAA